AAAUAUUAAAGAUGAAUAUGUGUGUGUAGCAGAUUUAGAAAGACUAGAGUUAUCCUUAAAAAGCAGCGAUGGUAAAAAUCAGAAAUAUCCUAAAACUGAUUUACGAUUAAAUACUAAUCGUAUUAAUAUACGAACAUGUUCUGAUUCAUGUCGAGCUCUAUCAGAUAUUAUUGGGUAUUUCGCAACUGAUGGUGAUUUAAAUCCAGAAACUAAUGAACAAGAAGAAAGUUUGAUAGAUGAUGAAGAUUCUUAUAAAGAUGAUGAUACAUGUUCUUUAACCAGUGAUAUAAGCGAAUGUUCUUCUAUUCCACAAGAAACAAAUCAAAUGACUGAAUCAUGUUUACAAAAAGUUAAUUGUAUGAUGGCAGACGCAAUGAGAGAAUCCAGUUCUUCUACAUCGGGUUCAGGAUCACCAGAGAGACAGAAACCAUCAAGAGAGAUCUAUUUUGUACCAGAUGACGAGGAAUCAUCAGAUGACUUUUAUUCUGAAGGUAUACAUCAGUCGUCAGGGUUACAAGAGAUAACUGUCUCACCAAGUUGUGAUUCUAUGACUAGCAGUGUGUAUUCUGAUAAAACCGAGAAAUUUAGUGACGAUGAAGAAUUCUGUAUAAUUGAUGAUGCUGGUUGGGGAAUAUCUUCUAAAGAUGGUCAACCAGCUAUAAGAAUAUUUAGUAAAGAAUCCAUAGUAAUAAAAGACAAUUAUAUAAGUCAACCAUUAGGUAAAACAGAUUUAUUAAAAGCACCAGACUACUUUCCACCAGCAGACUAUAGAUAUACAUUAAAAGAAUUAACUCUAAUAUGGUACAUGUAUGGCGGAAAAGAUUUUGGCACUGCUGGUAGAUCUUCUAAAGGACGUGAGAGAAAUUAUUCUGGUGACUCACCUAAACCUAAAAGAUUUAAUUUGCCAGAUUUUGGUAAAUGUUUGUCUAAAGAAGAAAUUCCUGUUAAGAAGCGACCAUCUUGGCAAACAAGGGGUGGGCCAGGGCGAGACUGUGAUACGCUAAUGGAACUUCAACUCAGUAAAGUGAGGUUUCAGUAUGAUAUAUAUCCACAACAUACAGAACAGGCUUCCAGACAAGUUUUAGUUAUACAUGAAUUAGAAAUAAGAGAUCGUUUAGCUUCAUCACAAAUCAACAAGUUUUUAUAUCAGUACACAUCAGAAAAUAUUCCUCGACAAACUAACGCUAAUAUGGUAUUAAUCAAAGCUCUUCAUACCCGACCUGAUCCUAAACUUCAUAGUCAAGAAUGUGCUUUAAAAAUUAGUCUACUACCAUUACGCUUGAAUAUAGAUCAAGAUUCACUAUUUUUCUUGAGAAAUUUUUUUAUGGAGGUAACCGGACAAAAAGCCAGUAAUCCAUAUGAAGUUUCUAGUGGGAAAGAGAAAUCAUCACCUAGUAAUCCUAAAAGUAUGUCGUCCGCAACUCCACCACCUGUGAUGGGUGUAAAUAAGUCCCAGGAUGAUGAUACAGAUCCCGAACCAGAUGAACAAGUGUUGUUAAUCAAGUUUGAAGAACAAGAUGCAGCUCUUCAAGCUAAAUUAUCAGUAGAAACUACAGAUAGUACUCAAACUGAAAGUCAACCUGUAUUCUUCAAAACAUUGAUAUUUUCACCAGAUGUACCGAUUAGACUAGAUUAUCAUGGUAAACGAGUUGAUAUGCAACAAGGUACAUUAGCUGGUUUAUUGGUAGGUUUAGCUCAGCUUAACUCAUCAGAACUCAAAUUACGCAGGCUCAACUAUAAACAUGGGUUAUUAGGAUUUGAUAAAGUUAUAGCCUAUAUAGGUCAUGAAUGGUUAACAGAUAUCCGUAAAAAUCAGCUACCUAGUAUAUUAGGCGGUGUUGGUCCUAUGCAUUCCUUUGUUCAGAUUGUACAUGGUAUAAAGGAUUUAUUUUGGUUACCGGUGGAACAAUAUAAAAAAGAUGGUCGGAUUGUACGAGGUAUACAGAGAGGCGCAAGUUCAUUUACAACAUCUACAGCUAUGGCUGUAUUAGAACUAACUAAUAAACUUGUUCUCUCAAUACAGUAUGUAGCUGAAUUGACGUAUGAUAUGUUAUCACCAGGACCAAGUGUAAGACAACCGAAUAAAUAUAAAAAGAAAUAUAUGUAUCAACGUAUUAGAAAAGGUCAACCAACAGAUCUUAGAGAAGGCGUUAACAAUGCUUAUAUUGUUAUUAAAGAGGGAUUUGGCGAUGCAGCUCAUAACCUCGUCCGUGCAGCUACAGAAGAACAAGAACAAAAGGGAUUGACAGGUGUAGUAGGCGGAGUCUUACGACAGAUCCCACCCACCAUCGUACAGCCAGUAAUAAUAGCAUCAGAAGCAACAUCAAAAGUUCUAGGAGGAAUGAGGAAUCAGCUUCGACCUGAAGCAAAGAAGGAAGAUGAAGAAAAAUGGCGAGAGGACAAUAAAUAAUGAUCAAAGGACAUGAGUGAUCACAAAAAACAUUAUGUAUAUUUAUUUUAUAUUUUUAAGUCUUUAUUCCCGUAGGACCAAAGUAUGAAUCAGCCUCUGACAAAAUGAAGAAUUUGUGGUACGAUACAGUACUCUGUAGAAUAUGUUUAACAUUGGGGUACCGGUACUCAGGUUGUAGAAUAUUAAUAAUAAUAAUAUUGGGGUACUCAGUCUGUAGAAUAUGCGUAACAUUGGGGUACCGGUACUCAGGUUGUAGAAUAUUAAUAAUAUUGGGGUAGUCAGUUUGUAGAAUAUGCGUAACAUUGGGAUACCGGUACUCAGGUUGUAGAAUGUAUACAUACAUUUGGGGUACUAGUACUCAGGUUGUAGAAUAUAUACAUACAUUUGGGGUACUAGUACUCAUGUUGUAGAAAAUAUACAUACAUUAAGGGUACUCAGUUUGUAGAAUACAUUAACCUGUGUGAACUAGAAAGAAGUUAGUUCAAUUUGAGUAGGCUACCAUGAUUCUUAAUUUGUCUGAGGCUGAUUCCUGACCUUUAAGGACCAUAUGCAUCUGUCUUACUUCAACUAAAGUUUUAUUUUAUUAACAUAUUUAAAGUUAAUUAAAUGGCAGAUUGAAAAUAAACAUCUGAUUUGAAUGUCAAAUAUUUUAAUUCUAAAAUAUUAAUUAUAAAGUAACAUCAAGUUUUAAAAUUUAGAUAUUCAAAUUGCUACUGAAGUUUGACUUAUUCUAAAGUGAGACUGAAACAUAUGGUCCUAAGUCUUUUUUUUUUAGAUUAAGAAUCAGCUUUUUUAUAAUUAAUUUUUAAUUUUAAUUAUGUUCUUAGUUAUUGUAUAGAUGUUCCUAAAAGGGAUACAUGUUUCCUAGUAAAUGUUCAAUGUGUGUGUUUCCCUGAUGCAGGGAUAAGGCAUAUUAAUGAAGCAGAAAAAUAUCUGUCUACCCAAUUUGUUCAAUCAAACAGUAAUUUUAAGCUUGCUAUUUGUCUUAGAUACAGCCAGUCAUCAACAUUAGACAAUAUACAAAAAUAUUCUGGGUCUCCCGCAUCGCUUAAAAGAGCCACAUGACCUGUUUUUAUUUUCAAAAACUAAAAACAGCCAUAUUACUGACUGCAUGUAAAUGUUUUCCCUUGGUUACAGGAAGUAACUAUAAAAACAUUCUAAAGAAUAUGGAAAUUCCCAGUAUGCUCAAUUAUCAAGUACACAACCCUUAUAAACGUUAUUGACAAUCAUAAAUGAUACUGGAUAAUCAUACCAUGAGAUAAAUGAGUGCCUUGAACCAUGAUGUUUAUGAGAAGUCAUUUAGCUCUGUAGUGAUACUUUGACAAAAUAAUAGCACAAAAACAAAAACCUUCCUCCCACAUCAGAUUUUUAGGAAGAAUUGUCUUUAGAACCGGAAUAUUUUUUCUUGUAUGGCCUUAAAAACUGUUUGUAAGUAAGUUUGUAGGUUAGAUGCAACAUAAGUACUGUACCAGUGGUUCCCAACCAUUUUCCACUCAUUGACCUUUGGGAUAUUUAUAAAAUUAAAAUAUCUGAACACCCUCCACAUUUGUAUUUACCCUUUUCAGUCAAAUUUCCCAGACAUAAUGUGACUUUGAUUUAAGUUACCAAAUACUAACAAUUCUAAUAUGAAUAUUACUUGGCUAUCUUUUUUUUUUUAUAUACUCUCCAUUUUUCCACUUAGAACAGAAAAAAAAACAAAUUAUUUUUUCUUGUAUAAGAUAUAUUUUGGUUUUAUUAACAUGACAUACUCUAUUAUAUCACGAAUAUCAAGUGUUCAUAAGCUACCGUUAGUCACCCUUGAUUGUUAUCGAUAUGUUGAACUACUAUCUGAGGUCCCACUGGUCAUUUUUCGCCCCGGUGAUGUACUACCUAUGGAAAUUGAUGAGCCUGUUUUCCCGACAAUCGAAGCUUUGAAAUUUUUCGCAGUUCCCUUGAGACCUGCCGAUGGUUCCACGUGGCUCGCGAUGCCCCCUGGGUUUUUCACUGGGACGCCAUGGAACCUGUUCCCAAUGCUCAUAAAUUUCCAUCGUUAGUACAUCCCAGAGGCAAAAAAUACCCAGUGGGACCUAGGACUAAAAAAUAAACGAUUUAUUGUUUAGCUAAAUAGUUGUUUACAAAGUAUUUUAUCACACACAUUUAUACGAAAAACAUCAGCAACACGAUUUUGUUUUCUGUUUAUUGUUUAUUUGAAUCGAUGUGCGCCUUGCCCUGUUUUAGGUGUAGCACUCAAGACUCAUUAUCAGUCAAGGUGUAUUACUAUAUAGUACUAUGUAUGAAAAUUUGACAAUGUGCAAAUGCAUGUAUUUAUGUAUGUGUUGUAUGCAGUGUGUACUGUAUGAACAUCUUUCGAUUCUUGUGGUUAUAUUAGUAUGCUAUGUAUGUAUGUAUGCAAAAAUUAAUUCAUCCAUGUUGAAUUUCUUUUGAUUUAUUACCAUAUAGCAGUUUAUCACUUUAAGUUAAACAUGCAUUAUUCGAGACUUUAGAACACAAUUUUCCUUAGGUAAAUAUCUUGACAGAGUUCAAUGAUGAGCAAUUUUUGGCCUAGUCUAAGCAGCAAUAAGUAAUUUGAUUAGACAAGACUUUAAAACACAGUAAUUUUGCAUCUAAUUGAGGGAUAGUGAUGAAACUUGGUGUAUCGUUUUAAAUGAUAACAAGUUGUGAUGGGUAUUUACCACAACCUCUUACUACAACAAUAUUCUCAGAAACCAACCAAAAUCGACUUUCAGAGAUUGUGUUUCUAAGAGGGUAAUUAUAAAAUGGCGUCAAUUUGGAAACGUUAUUGCCUCUAGGGUGAAGUUCUUUAGUCUUUCAUAAUUUAUUUAUUAUUAAUUAUAUAUGUAAGAUAUUAUUUUGUUUCUCAAUUGGCCUCAAAAUUAGUGAAAACACUAGCCUUCUCUUUAGUAUUUUUUAUACACCCACAUUAAAGUGUGGUCGUAUAUUGUUGUCACCCUGGUCCGGCCGGCCGGCAUCGACAAGCUAAAGUUAAUAUCCAAUUGACUUUAAAUUUAUACACAGUGUUUAAGGUCAUCAGACGAAGAAGACCACUAUGCAUAAUUAUCAUCUGAUUGAUUUUGUAUUUAUACACCCUGUUUACACCUAGAUAUAAUCGUUUCGAUUGACUUUAGAUUAAUACACAGAGUUUAAGACCUUGAUACGAACAAGUAUAUUGAUUUUCAAUGAUUUUUGACAACUUGAACAGCUAAAUCUUUGAUAUUAAAUGUUUUGUAUACUAAACGUUAGCAUGAGCCAAAUUCUAAUGAUUUUCUGAUAAUUACUUAAUAAGUUGUUACUCUUGAUCAGAUUUCAGUGUAUUAUAAAUGUGUCGACAAAAGUAAAAAUAUGCGACAACUCUUGUUGACUGCCUGGACGAUUUAGCUGCUGUGGGUGUAUGUUUCAUUGCCUGGCAACCUAUCUUUCAAUAUUGUCUGAUAUUAGAUAUGAAAAUUUUUCCCGGGUAUUGCUAAAAUUGUUUGUAAAAAAUUGGCCAAAUGUUGCCCUUUCUGAAGCCACUACUAAUUCUUAGUGAUAAUUAGUAGACUAAUAAAUAUUUAUUGAUAUGUCCUGUAUGUAAAUAUGUGUGCGAAAUUUGAGUUUACAGUAGAAAAAAGAACAUAUACACCAAAUUAUUAUAGUCUUUCAAUCUGAAUAUAUAUAGUAUACCAUCUAUUAAAUACUCUAAUUUUAUCACUGAAAUUAGCAAUUAAAAAUGGCUAGUCUCAUGUGUGAGGUUGGAUAUGCUUAUACUUUCUAAAACACCUGAUACCAUUUCUUAUUAAAGCUAACCUUUCUUACAAUAUAACAGAUUGAAUUAGGUAGGACACUAGAUCAGUAAAUGUCCUGGGCUUGAAACAUGGGUUCGGUCAACAACACCCCUCGGGAUUUUCAAACCCAGUUCUCGCUUGUCAGGGGUGGGACCUACUGGACUGACAUGGUACAAAAAUCUCAGAUCAAAACUCCAAAAUUGCUAGUGCACAUAACAGAUCCUUUGGUAGUUGAAAUCUGAAGAGUACCGGUAAGCAGAAAUGCUGCUGUACAGGCAAAAUUAUGGCUAAAUCUAUUUGUUAAGGCCAGCUCAAUUUUCUUCAAGGUUGGCAAGAUUGUAGGUUAGGGUUAGGGUAAGCAUUAGGGUUAGGGUUGGGAUUAGCGCUAGCUCUGUUUACAUCUCGUGACCUUUGACCAAACUUGAAGUUGGCCUUAUCAAAUAGACCUAACCCAAAAUCAUCUGCCUCUCUUUGCACAUGUAACCAUAAAAAUAGAAUUUACCAUAUGUUAGUCUUAAAAUGAUCAAAGUAUUAAGUUUAUUUUCCAUUCAUAAAUUUCCACUUCCAGGUUUGUUUAUCAAUAUGUUAUAGGUAAUAUUAUUAAUAAAUGGUAUACUAAAUAAAUCAUAUUAUGUACAUAAAAACAAUGCAAUAUAGCUAUUGUAAAGUAUAAAUAUAAUAUAUAUUUCAUCUUUUUGUUUUAAAGCAUGAUCAAAAAAAAACAAUAUUCUUCACACCAUGGAUUACAAAUGGCAAUUUUACUUGUAUUCUAAGCAACAAAUCAUACCAUUUUUUUGCUUGUCAAUACUGGUUAUUUGAAUUUAUAUCCAUUUCUUAUCCCACAUAGAAUUUUGUUAAAUAAAGAUCUAGGGGCCAUGAUAGAAUUUUCCUGGUUAAUAUCAAAGGAUUAGGCAGACAAGAACCAUCAGGAUUUUUCAAGUCUGGCCUACACGUGUCCGGGGUUGGUGGUGCCUGCGAAACUGACCUGUAAAGUGUGUCAAUGGGAAGAAAAUCACAGGUCCACCUGUGUACACAUUGGCAUGAACAUAAAAAAUACCUUGAGGGUUUGAAAUCAAAUAAGAGAAGGCAUAAACGCCCCUGUACCUCCUAUUGCACAUGUAAGCAUCAAAAUAAGAAUAAACAUUAUGGUGGGGUUUUUUCAAAAUAACUCAAGUUGACGAGACAGUAAACUCCAUACUAAGUCUUGUGAUUUGUAGUUUUUGAGUAUAGUAAAACUUAGGAUUUAUUGUCCAUGAUGUGGAGAUUAUAAGAUAUUUUGCUUUAUGUGAUUAAUUGUGUUUUGGGAGUUAGGUUAUAUGUACUAUCUAUAUACCAUGUAUAUAUAGCAUCAUCAGGUGUACAACAAUUGUUUCAAUAAAACUAUUUUAAUCAAUAA